AUGGUCCGCAGCGCUUGCGCGACCUGCGCUUGUGGCAGAUGCCACUCUUGCUGCCUCGGUGGCGACCAUGGUGGUGGUGACGGUGAAUGUGGCAGCGGUGACGGCGAUCGUGGUGGCGGCGUUGGUGGUGGCGUCGGCGAACGUGGUGGCGGUAACGGCGGCUGCGUUACCGACGGCGGCCGCGCUGCCGACGGCGGCUGCGCUGCUGGUGGUGACUGCGGUGGCUGCUCCUGCGUGACCGCCCGCGCCUCCAAUAUACGAGCCCACUCUUUGGGCUCGCCCGACGGGGGUAUCUGCCCCAGGCAGAUCCUCCCGAGCCCUGCCGUCGCCCUGCUCAACCGGCGGAAGAUCAUCCUGUCCCUCGCAGCUCGCCGCGCCACGUCGUCCUCGUCCUACGACACCUCGGGACUGACGGUCUCCGUCCCCUCCUCCUCCUCCUCACUCGCGUCCUCCGGCCCACUCUCGUCGGAAGAGAUGGCGACGACCUCUGCGAUUUCCGUCGCGUCUGCGCCUGGGUCCUCCUCCUCGGACGGCAGCUCCACGUCCGAGAUCUCCCCGGUGGACUCCUCGUCCGCCUCGCUGACCGGUGACGGGGAUCGCGACACCAGGGGGACGCCAGAAGCUGGAGAACGGAAUCGGAGUCCCGUCUCUACUUCGCCACUGGCUGUUCCCUGGCGCGCUCCUCCCUAA